GUAACUAUUGAGGUCAAAGAGAAGAUGGGUAGACUAGUAGAGUAUAUACUGUUACUUCUAUCAGUUGUACUAGUAGUGUCUACAUUAACUGAAUCUACUAACAAUUACUACAAUGAACCUACUGGUAAUAAAGGAGUCACAGAUUGUUCUGCUACUAAGAAAAUUUUUGAAUUCUUUAAUGCAUCAUUAACUUCAUAUACAUUGAAAAAAGGAGACAGCAUACAAUUGCAUGCAGAUCUACAGAUUAAGAGGACCAUACAAGGGGGUAUACUGCAUGUCACAAUGACACAAAAAUUCAAGAAUUACGUUAAUAUUACUUUCAUUGAUGAAAAAUUCAAUUUAUGCGACUUCUUUGUGGAUUUAAUGAAUAUACACUGUCCAAUACAACCAGGAAUGUAUCAUUUAUACUACCAUGCUCAAAUCCCCAACCUCUUUUGGCCAGGUAUGUAUUAUGCGAAAGCUACUGCACACAAUGAGAAAGGAGAGGAAAUGAUGUGUCUAAUGACAGAAAUAAACUACAUAGCUUAAGUAAAGAGUAAACUAUUUUUCAACUGCUUUCUUAGCAAGCACAGAAAUAAUGGACAUGUCAACACUUCAUUUUUAUUGUGUGUGCUUAGA